GGGCCAAAAACCAAGGUGUUGACCGAGUGAGAAGGUCCUGACGCUGCGUGGGAGGACUGACUUGGACCAGACUAGCUGAGCCGGACACGGACUUGCAACAGGUGUGUUGUGAAAUGGGUUGUCUAGGGGGAAAGACGGAGGAGGAACGUCUGGAUGAGAAGGCGAAAAGAGAAGCCAACAAGAAGAUCGAGAGACAGCUCCAGAGAGAGCGGCAGGCGUACAAGGCCACGCACAGGCUGCUGCUGCUAGGGGCAGGAGAGUCUGGAAAGAGCACCAUUGUGAAGCAGAUGAGGAUCCUCCAUGUCGACGGCUUCAACGGUCUGACUGCCGCUCCGCUCUCCCACGCUUUCAGAGAGAAGCAGCAGAAGAUCCAAGACAUUCGGAAGAACGUGAAGGACGCUAUUGUGACCAUCGUCGCCGCCAUGAACAGUUUAACUCCUCCCAUUUCUCUGGCUGACCGUGACAACCAGUUCCGCCUGGACUACAUCCUGAGCAUCGCGCCGUUGUCGGACUUGGACUACAGCGAGGAGUUCUUUGAGCACGCUCAGAAGCUGUGGGAGGACGACGGCGUGAAGGCGUGCUACGAGCGAGCCAACGAGUAUCAGCUGAUCGACUGCGCUCAGUACUUUCUGGACAGGUUGGACUCGGUGAGGAGGUCGGACUACACGCCGACUGAUCAGGAUCUUCUUCGCUGUCGGGUUUUGACGUCUGGAAUAUUUGAGACUCGAUUUCAAGUGGACAAGGUCAACUUCCAUAUGUUUGAUGUAGGCGGCCAGAGGGACGAGCGCAGGAAGUGGAUCCAGUGCUUCAACGAUGUUACAGCCAUCAUCUUCGUGGCAGCAAGCAGCAGUUACAAUAUGGUGAUCCGAGAAGACAACUCCACCAAUCGGCUGCGAGAAUCCUUGGACCUCUUCAGAUCCAUCUGGACCAACAGGUUCUUGAAGACCAUAUCUGUGAUCUUGUUCCUCAAUAAGCAGGACGUUCUUGCAGACAAAAUUCUGGCGGGAAAAUCCAAACUGGAGGAUUAUUUUCCUGACUACAUAAACUACACAGUUCCCACUGAUGCUGCUCCAGAUACAGACGAAGAUCCCAACGUCACCCGGGCAAAGUUCUUCAUUCGAGACGAGUUCCUGAGGAUCAGCACUGCCAGUGGUGACGGGAAGCACUACUGCUAUCCUCACUUCACAUGCGCCGUCGACACGGAGAACAUCCGUCGUGUCUUCAACGACUGUCGCGACAUCAUUCAGCGGAUGCACUUGCGACAGUAUGAGCUGCUCUGAUUGGCCGGCAGCUCCUCCCACUCAGUCUGUUCUUAGAGAAAUUCAAUGUUGCGUUGUAGAAAACGAUCAGUUUCUUAGAAAUGCACCUUCGACGUGGGUGGUCAUCUUCACGAAGCAGCUGAAACCAGUCUGGCCAUUAAAGCACGACAUGUGUGUGGAGAGUCUGUGGAGUUCUUCACUGGCUCCUUGGAAAGUGUCUCCUAAUUCUUCCGCUUGAACUUGAACAUGCUGAGCUUCUCAUCUUGAUGUGUGAUGUGGGUCGGCACGCUGCACCCACUGGUUCCCGGACAGGGAUGAAGCUCAGCGAUGAGGAGGGGCAGUAACCGGCUCCCGCCACAGCAGGCCAACAAAACCAGGGCUCAGCGGGUGCGCCCUCAGACCGGUCCCAAGGGACGUCCUGACCCGGGACCUGCAGUUGAGCUCUGCUCCCACACCUGCGGCAGGCAUACUCACCGGAGCCCAUCGUCUCCUCAGGCAGUGAGCAGAAAUGCAGGGUGGAGUGGCGGAGCCCUGGGUGGUUUUUGUCUCAGGUGGCAGAUGAGGCGCAGGAUUCACUUCUACGCUACUCUCGGUCUCACUCGUGACCCCCCCCCACAGUCCUAGUCUGGACUCUGCCAU